AUGCUCGGGAUAGGCCACAACACCUUACCCUUCUCGGUCACGUUCAACGCUCUCGCCCGACAUCUUCUUGAAGGAGCCGAUACGGCCGGUGAAAAACCGGGUGGUGUCUCACAACCGAACGCUUCCUUAUCCGCUUCGGUGGCUAUUGUAAUCGUUAUAUCACUCGUUAGCGUAUCACUUUUAAUUACUGGUAUCAUUAUUGUCGCAGUGACGAUCGAUCCGUCGGGCGGUGAUGACGACUCGGACAUCGAAUGGGAUAGCCCCAGGAGCUUCGUUUUUUCCUAUUCACAGCAUGUGGAUGAGUCAACCGAUCCGUUACACGAUGAUGAUCACGACGGCAAACCGAAUUACUUCUACUCGGGUCAGAUCUUUCACGAGGUGUGA